GUGGGCAGUAUGAGGGGGGAAGAGGCUGAGAUCCAGAUUAAGGGAGAAGUGGAUACAGGAAAUUAGUUUAAAGAGUAUACUAAGUAGAACGUCAUUAUAUACAGUCUAUAUUUUUUGUUAUCUUUUUUUAAGAGAAACUGGGACACACUCCAGUACAGUAGCUGGCGGUAAUGCACCAUAACUUUGGAUGCCAACUGCCGAUAAACCCCACCGAAGAAGAAUCCACAGACAGCUACACCGAACUCGUACAUGUCAGGGGACGUACGUAGAACACGUUUGUCAGCUGUCAGUGCACUUUACAGCCUGGUUUCCAUACAAAGGUGACGUCAUCGUUUCUGCUGUUGGCAGAAUAGUAGUUUAAACAGAAUACUCACAGACAACACAACAGCGGACAGUUGUAGUUCCAUCAUGGCGGAGGAUAUGUUUUCCCUCAUGAAUCUCGAAGACGAACUGAGCUGUAGCAUCUGCCUCUGUGCUUUCGACUGUCCGGUGACAAUUCCAUGUGGACACAACUUUUGCCAAGAGUGUCUCCUAGAAACCUGGAAAGACAACUACAGCUGUCCACAAUGCCGGACCCACUUCACCACCAAACCAGAGCUGAAGAAGAACACCGUCCUCAGCACUGUUGUGGAAACGUUCAAAAUGAAGUCGAAUAAAAGCGCCCUCCCCAGUGAGAUGGGCGACUUAAUCAUGUGGGAUGCGGUCAAGAUGGAGCCCAAAGAGGUGGUUAUCUUGUGCGACACCUGUAUGGAAGCCAAAGCAUUCAAAACCUGCCUCACCUGUAUGGCGUCGUUCUGCCUUGAGCACGUGAGGCCUCAUCAUGAGAACCCAGUGUUUGGCGCGCAUCAGCUGAACGAGCCUCUGGGCGACCUGCGCGACCGUAUCUGCCCCGACCACCACAAGCUGAUGGAGUUCUACUGUGUCCAACAUGGCCGCUGUAUCUGUGGUGUCUGUCUGCAGCAGGUGCAUAAAGGCUGUACCUUCUCCAACCCUGAUGAACAACGGGCACUGCAAGAGUCUGAUUUGAGGGGCAAGUUGAGUCUGCUGGAUGGAAAGAUUGACAAGAACCAGAUGGUCAUUUCUCAGAUGAGUGACCAGCAGAGCAUGUUGAAGGACUCUGCAGCCAGCAGGAAGAGAGCUCUGGAGGACGAGUACCGCCAAAUCCGCGAGCUGCUGGACCGUGAUGAGCGUGAGGCUCUGAACACUGUGGACCGCGAGCAGGAGAGCGGUCAAACCAAACUCCAGAACCUCAUGAAGAAGUUCAACCAGAACAUUGUGAAGCUUAGCGCAGCAAAAGAUGACAUCAACAGCCUGCUCAGUCAGACUCAGACCGUGGCUUUCCUACAGGCCUCAGUUGACAUGCCGGCAGUGGUGGCCUUUGACCCCUAUACCCCGAAGGUCAACCUGGACUCUAAGGCCUUGGCAGUCUGGCAUGCCUACUCUGCAGUCCUGAGGGAGCAUCUCACACAUGUACUGAAACAGCCUGUAGAGGCCAGACUGCAGAUACUCAAACCAGCUGAGAGGUUUGGUCCUCCUCUGCUGCCAAACUUCCAUGAAAUGGGAGGCAUGCCACCACAAGGUCAUCCGGGAAUGCGUAGAUCCCACAGCCCAGGAGCCCCCCUCAGGGCAAACCAGAGGAAGAAGCCUCCACACGAUUCAAACCGAGGGAGAAAAAAUCCCCAAAAGCCACCUAAUGCUCCCAGAGAGUUUACCACAACUGUUCCACACACACCAAGGGACCACCCCAGAGGACAGUCAGCAGAACCCAGACCCAGGAACAGAGAGGACCCAGGACAACCAAAUGUUCCCCCAAGUAUCACGUCUGCAGCAAAACGAACUGACCUUCUACAAUAUGGCACGGUUCUCACCCUUGACCCCAAAACGGCCCACAAGCGCAUCGCCCUCACAGAGAACAUGACCGUGGCCUCUGUGUCAGACGAGCCCACCCCUUACCCCGAUGGCCCCGCCCGUUUCUCCGUCUGCAGCCAGGUACUCACUUCCAAGGGCUUCUCCCGCGGCCGCCACUAUUGGGAGGUCAAGAUGAGCAGCAACAACUUCACCGGCAUCGGCCUGGCCUACAACAGCAUCGACCGGAAGGGUCCGGCUAGCCGGCUGGGGCGUAACGCCCAGUCCUGGUGCGUGGAGUGGUUCAACGUCAAGCUGUCGGCCUGGCACGCCAGCAGUGAGACUGUACUGCAGAACCCGAAUCCGACCCGCGUCGGCGUGCUACUGGAUUGCGAAGAGGGAACGGCCACUUUCUAUAACAUACAGGAACGGGCAUACCCUUUCCAUACAUUUGUGUUCCAGUUCGCCGAGGCAGUGUACCCGGCGUUCUGGCUUUUCUCCAGCGGCUCAUCUAUUAGCCUGUGCAAGCUGCAGUCUUGAGAAGUUAACACAACACACACACACACACACACACACACACACACACACACACACACACACAUUCUUCUCACUCACAAAUAAUUAGAAUAUACAGCAUCUGGGUCAAUAAAUGACUUAAUCAUACUGAUAUUAGGCUUGUAUCUUUAAAGGUUAUUAUUUGGUUGUAGUCACUGACUAUAGUAAUAAUGCAGUGUAGGUCAUAUCAUUUUGGACUUUGGUCUCUUGUAACUACAGCAACCUCUAAACAGGCAGCAUUUGUUAAUCAGCAACUAAUGAAAACUAAGCACUUGCAUACAGGUAAAGGAACAUUACAAAUUAUUAUACAAUAUUAUUGUAUUGUCAAAAGCAUGAUGACAUCCUUACUACCUUUGUUUUACUGCUGUUGUGAUGUCAGCAGCAUGCCGUGAAAGGAAUUUAAGUCGAUGUAUUCCUUAAUGGUUAAUCAGACACAGCGAGUUACAUUGGCUGGAUAGAAGAAAUGAGCUGACAUUGUGAUUAUUCAUGUCUGAUUCGCAAGUGGUUACGUUACGUGUUAUAGGCAAACAUGACCUUACUAAGUGGUAUUUCAACCAGGCGAAUGAGUUCUUUCUCCUGUGCUGCAGUCCUGGCUAAAUGUCUUGAUCGUCCAGUUUAUUUACAGAUACAUUUAAGUGGUCUGUGGGUAGCUGUUUUAUCAGAGCUUAUGAUCUCUUGGUGUGGGUCUUGGUAGUCCACAGUAAUCACAUGUAAUAUACACAAAACAACAUUAAUAAACAUGUGUCUAACAUGUAUGUUAUCUACUCUAUUAUAUAUCUAUUAUAUAUCUAUCUAUAUAUAUCUAUUCUGUAUAUGAACAGUACCACAACGUUCAGAAGGCCAUGCAUUGGCACACCUAUGCAAGAGAGUGGAUGGCUUUUGCUGGUGUCAGGCAUUCCGCAUUAGGGAAUGCCAUAUCCAAUAACCACUGGAUAUAGAGAAUCAAUGAAUAGAACAGAAAAGCAUCCACAUUAUUCUUGAUACCCCCAAAGGAAAAGUGGGUAUCGUUCACUUUUUUCUUGAUCUAAUACAUUUCGCUACAGUGUUUCACAUAGAGCCUGUAAGUGAAGGGGGUUUCCGCAUGGUGCAGUGUGAGGGUGUGCUGAAAGCGCUUCCUGACACUGCUACUAGGACACUGCUACUAAAGGCUUGAUAGAACCUAGCCUGGUUGCCAGAUCUGCAUUUGGUUUAGAAUUACAGUGAACAGGGCAGAGUUGGUUGAUCUGGCAACCAGGCUAGAUAGACCCAGCCUGGCCCAUAAGAACAAGCAGAGGUCAUUUAGACCCUGUGAACAGGAGUUUUUCCAACUCUGUGGGUUUUGUAAAUAGGGAUGAUUUAGGGCUGGGGUUUUUCCUGUCUAUGUGACCAGACAAAGGAAAAACUCUGGGCCCAAGUUAUAGCUAAUUUAGCUAUAGCCCAUAGCUAGGGCCUUCUCAUGUCCAAGAAGGGUACAUAUCUGUAGCACAGUGAUGGUCUGUUGGUGUUACUUUGGCCAUCUGUGGGUGUCACAUUGUCUGUGACGUGGGUGCAUGCUUCUCAUAAUUCAUGUCUCUGAUAUUGUGGAUUGGAACUUUUCCGUUUAUGGAUAUACAGCCAUCGCUAUGAUCGGAGAGCAAGUUGAGAAUAGCAUGUGAUGGAUUCGUUUUGCUUUGCAAAGCCCCGUGCCAAAUGAAUAGUUGGUGUCAUUGCCUUCUCCCUCUAUAGAAACACUAGUUUUCCUGAUUUAAGGGAUUUCUACUGUUGGUGGAAUGAAGGCAAGCUGAUAUUUAAGGAAAAUAUGAAUUAAUUUGCUGGAUUUAAGCUAUUAUUGCCACUGGCUCUAAGAGAUCCUCAAAGGUUUGGACAAAGUCCGAACGACUCGCGUACACAACACCAGAUAAAGAGUAAAGAUCAGAGGGCCAUAGUCAUGGUCCUUGUGUGUUAGCAUGUUAUCCUCUCUGUCCAUUCCUUCGGUCUUAUAAGCUCGGUUCUUAAUGUGCUGAUGGUGUACUUCGUGUUGGUUUGGUUUACUGACUUUCAGUUUAACUGAAAAAUAUUAGAAAUGGUUGGUUGUGUUUUAAAGGGUAAGGUAUAGAUUGUGUAUAAGGGGUUUAAUCUUGUUAAAGACAACUUGAUAAUCUCCCCUCAUGAUUUACUAUUAUAAGCUAUGUGUUAAUAUAUUCCUCCAAAAAUGUAUCACAUACAAAUACAUAUAGUUACUAAUGAGUGUGGUGUUUGUGGCUUAUUUGUUCCACAUAUCUAGACACAUAUAUUGCAUUUGGUAAUUAGAUUACUUCAAACUGCAAGUGCACGGGAAGGAAAAGCACUGAUAUUGCUUUUCCUAUUAUAUACUUGCAAAACUAACAAUGAAAUAAUGUACAUAUUAGAAAACAAUGACAUUCAUAAUACAUAUGAAAAUAUUUAUUGGUGUUUCCAAAUUCUAAUUUACAUUGCUUAUUACAUUCAGUGAAAUGAUCCGUUUCAACAUCUGUAGUAGCUUCUCUGUUUUUAAUUGCUUUAAAGUGAUUGUUUGCUUACAAUAAAAGUAAUUUAUCCAUC